GUCUCUUUACUCUGAAAAAGUCUGUCCUCACUCACUCUGAGCUGGAUAUACUGAACAAGAACCAUGCUCCGCUUCAUCCUGUUGGUUUAUUGUUUGUCAAGUGCAGCAAACUCAGAGCUGUUGAGCCGUCACAGAAGGGCGUGGAUUAUUGAUUCCUUUGAGAUUGAGGAGGGCCAUCCAGGGCCAUUCCCAUAUGAGUUGGGCAAGGUGAGUGUUGAUAGGGAAUAUCAAAUAUACUUUGAACUGCAUGGACAAGGGGUGGACGAGGAGCCGAUGGGAGUCAUCUCCAUAGACGAAUUCUCUGGCAUGUUGAACGUCCACAAGGCCGUGGACUAUGAGAAGUGGCACACACUUGAGCUAAGAUUUGAGGCCAGAAAAAUGGACAUAUCAAUGGACACCAGGUUAGGAAUUCAGAUUUCUAUAAAGGACAUCAAUGACAAUCCACCACGCUUUGAGAGGGAUCUGUAUGAGAUUAACCUUCCUCAGGAAUCAACACAAGGCUCCAAUCUUUUGAAAGUGCACGCUACUGACAUAGACGAGAGAGAAACACUAAACUCAACCUUCCACUAUGAAAUCAAAUCUGUGUCUCCAAAUGUUAGAGGCACUGAACUCGUCAUUGAUGAGUCUGGAUACAUCUCAUUCAAAGGAUGUUUAAAUUAUGAGAUUCUUUCCACUAUUAUGGAAGAACCAGUUUGUAUGGAGCAAUAUAAUCAAUCUAAUUUCCAUAUUCCACUGAAUGGGAUGAGAAAUGGGAGAUAUUCAGCAAGGGUGGGUAUGAAUGAAGUUCAGACUUUUGGCAGUUUUCGGAGUUUACGCUCACAAGCUAGGGAUUUUACACAGAGGUCCAUCCACCCACGCUUUGGGGAUUUCAGAAGAGAAAGCCAAUGCAGCCAAUACAGCUCCACUGGGAACCAGUCAAACUGGAAUUCUCCAAUAACCACUGGCUUUGACAGCAGCCAUCAGUUUGAAGACAUGAGCAAUAUGAACGUCCUCCAAACACAAACCGUGAGCUGUGCUACGGAGUCUAAUGACAUGCAGGUUAAACUGGUUCAGUGCCUAAUCUCUUCAAAAGUGACCUCACUCUGGAAGAAAGAAGUGGACUUAGGAGACGAUGAGCUUCACAUCUAUGCAGUGGAGGGGAAUUUAGAAACCAACUCAGCGUUGGAGACAAUCAACAUUUUGGAAGAGAAUUCAUUUCAGGACACACUGAAAGAUCUGGGUCCAAAGUUUCACCAACUGGCUUCUAUAUGCAGCCCGACACAAAUACAUACAUCCCAGAAGAGGACCCUUGGCCAGGUGUAUCCAGGAGGAGGUUUAGAGAGAUGGAUGAAGAACAAAAGAAUCAGAUGGUGCGAGGAGUUUUCUGAUGAUGACUCCGACUUCAUUUCUGACUGUGACACUGAUAGCGAGGGUUGUUCUCAUGUUGGUAAUAUUGCUGAUGAGGACAUCAAUCAGCAGGGACAAGCUCAACUGUGCAUGCUCACUCUGAGACCAGUCGUGAUGAACAUUUUUGGGGAUGAACUUGAAGAGCAUGACAACCAUGAAACUGGAGGCUCGAGGAAGUGGUCCCGAGAGGAUUUUGAGGCAGAAGAGGAAUACUUGCGUUUGCAAAUUUCUGAGUCCACCAGCACAAGUGAUGACAACUAA